AUGCAAAACAUGCAAAGCAACAAAAGAAAACAAGUUUUUUCUGACUUAGCUUUUAACACUACAAAAAUCAGAAAAUUUGUUACUUCAGACGGCAGCAAUUUGAAUACUUGCGACAAAUAUUGGGGUAUGCUCAUUCCUAUGGACGAAGAAACAAGUGAUCGAAUCGGUACUAUUUACCUCGAAGCGGAUUAUCAAACUUUCGGAAAGAACGAAACCCGCAAUGGUUAUCAACAUAUGCCAAGCAAUUAUGAACUUCAUUGUAUGUUAUCUAAGAACGAACACGGAAUUGGAAACGUAUCUUACAUCAAUCUGAAAGGAGAAAAGUCAAUUUUAAAUAAUGCCGGUGAUAAUACCGCAAUUGUUGAAGGUAGCUUACUCCUAAUAAACCUUAAUGAAUUUACUGCGAAUUUUAAAUUCUUCUAUGGGAAUGUUACUUUAUAUGACAAAGAUGAUGAAACAACUGUUGACGCAAGUAUUAGUAACGAAAUACCAAAUAAAGAUAAUUUCUCAAAAUGUGCAGUUCAUAAGUACACGAUAAUCCGUCUGUUAGGCAGUAAGGGCGGUUUUGGCUCAGUUUUUAAAGUUCGAAACCAAGAAAACAAUGAUAUUUGUGUUUUAAAGUGUUCUUUGAAAUAUUCCCUUGAUCAGGAAUAUUAUAUGUUUAAAAAAAUAAAAGAAAUACCAAACGUAUUACAGAUUUUUGGCGGUUUUAUUACGAAAACACCAGAAUGGAUAAAAGAUGGAACUUUAUAUGAGCUUAUCAAAAAUGAACACAGGUUUACCAAGGACGAAUUAGUCGCCCUUGCAAAGAAUAUGAGUGCCACAUUAAAUGAAUUUCAUGAGAAAGGACUU